ACUAAAUGCAGUUUACCCAAAUUUAAGUAAAAAGAACUUAUUUUAUGGGUAGUCUGAUUUCUCCGUGUAACGCUGCAUCAAGUGGAUCAAGGUUUAUAUAAUGACAGGUUUACGGAUCUAAGCAGUCAGUGGGUGCGCGGUGUGGUUAGCUGCGGGGAAGGUGAAAGUGGCAGCUGGCGAGUUGGCUAGCUGGCGGGUUUGUGUACACUCUUUUUCACUCUACCGUUUCUAUGGGGUUGUUAGAGAAUGUUUACUCCAACAAACAUAAACACAGUGAAGUGAAAAUUGUCUACAGCAUUGAUGAGCUGUUUUGUCGCGAAUCAAACUUCCGUCGUUAAAGUAAUAUCCCGCUGAAUCCCGGUGUUUUGAGUCGCAGAAAAGUUGAUUGUCAAUUUGAAUAGUUGGUUAACAACUGCAUGUAAUGCAUGUAAAUGUGAAAAUUUCGAAUGAUUCUGCGGGUGAGAGCCACCUACAACCGACGGUCCACCGAUGAAAGAGAAGAUAUGCCACGGUGCUGCCGUCUGAAGGUGACGGUUGUAUUCUUGUAGCUUUAACUCGUAAGUUCAUAGUCAUUCUACUGUCAGUGCACACAAUAAAUGAAUUCAGAUACUUUGCCGCGUAUUCCACACAGAUAUGGGUGUAAAAGAAUCAUUCUAUACCUACAUGUAAAUGGUAUCCAAACAACCAAAACAAACUCGCCAGCUGUCACUUGGCAUUUCAAAAUGGCAGAAUGAGAAAUCUGACACAUUGGGCUACCUCCCUUCUAGAUACCUUGAAGUGGAUUUUCGCCCUUGGCGAGUUUUCCACUGUCAAACAUAAAAAGAGACAAGAAAUAAUUGAGUCCGGUUCUCACAUUUUUCUUCGACAGUUUCCGUACGCAUCGGUUAAGCAACAUCACAUUUUUGUUGAGUUUGAAUUUGAAAAAAAUUGUGGUUCGGAAACAUCAAGGCAAGAUGAAUAGCAGUGACGAGGAAUUUGCUGGAUUCUCUGACGAAGAAGAUGUGCCAGUAUUGAAGCUGAUUACAUCGCAAAAAGACAAACCAAUGCUAAUUGUCGACGGCACACUCUUCAAUUUGAACAAGCAGGUAAAACAAAUUAAUUAUGUAAAUUACAAAGUACAAAAACCUUCUUAUAAAAUUUAGGCAAACGAACAUUUUUAUUGGGAGUGCGCGUCACGAAAACAUGAGAAAACCAGCGACACUGGUUGCAAAAACCGUGUAAUCACUCAUCUCCAAAAUGGAGCCCAUGUUCUCAUUGAUUACAAGACCGCUCAUAACCACGACGUUAACCCGCUCGAUGAAAUGGAAAAUGCAUAUAAAACGGAACUGAAACGAACAGCGCUAGCCUCAAGGGAAGUCCCGUCAAAAAUCAUACGAGAAGUUUCAACGAGGCAUGAACCUAUCGUCCAGACCAGAUCAUCGAUCCGGGCACAGAAAAUGAUAAUUUCUAGAAAAAGAGCCACCAUUACCGCUGGACUACGCGUGGUCGAACAGGACGGGGAAUUUGUUAUUCCUGACGAGUUGAAACAAACACUGGAUGGACAGCUUUUUUUUACAGAAAUACAUCCACGACGAAAACAACCGAAUCAUGAUAUUCACUACGAUAUUAUCAAAUCUUCGUCGCCUGGCUGCAUCACGAUAUUGGCUUGUUGACGGUACCUUUGCCACCGUGCCUCUACAGUUCACCCAAAUGUACUCGAUUCACGGCUCGGUGCAGUGCCAGGAUCUCGACGCAGUGGUCCCGCUUGUUAAGUAACAAAACACAAGAAAUAUACACAUGCGCCUUCGAGGCUUUACUGGAAAUUGCUCAGGAAGCUGAAAUCAACUUACAUCCGAGAUACGUUAUUGCUGACUUCGAGAAAGCAGUCGUUAACGUUGUAAAGGAAAUAUUUCCUGACGCUGAAUGUUACUUAUGCUAUUUUCACUUCGCGCAAAAUCUAAUCAAGCAACUGAGCUUUCGUGGAUUGAAAUCCAUGUACUCUAGUGACACGAACGUGUACAUGGCUGUCAAACGGCUACAGGCACUAUCGUUUCUGCCAUAUCCAAGAAAUUCCGCAGCGUUCGAAAGCGUCAAAAGCCACAUAACGCAAAAACUGGCUGGCUUUCUGGAGUACUUCAGCGUUACGUAUGUAUCAGGAUUGAACAACAACAAGCGGCCAACGUACCAUCCCGCGCUAUGGUCGAACUACAUUGCCGUGAAGGAGAAGUUGCCGCUGACAACGAAUUCAUUGGAAGCGUGGCACCGGCGGUGGACAGAAGUUGUGGGGGACAAUCAUUUGUCCAUCACUAACAUAAUCAUAGAAUUGCGUAAGGAGCAGAAGGAAAUUGAAGGAAGGAUUUUGCGUAUUACGCAAGGUAAUAUUGCACAGGCAUCGCAAAAUCACCUUGACAAAGCAAUAUGCUUGAACGUCGAUAAUAUCACCAACGAAGAUUUUAUCGAACACGUUGCUCUUCUGUUGUCAACGAAACAAAAGAGGGUGUGAACAAAAACCCCAAGUUUCGAUUUUUCUUCUUCUUCUUUCUGGCGUUACGUCCCAACUGGGACAAAGCCUGCU